AUGCAUCGGCAACCAGGUGACACGAGGCCGGCCCAUGGCGCGGCCGACUGCGCCUGCCAGUGCCCGCCGCACGCGCCCGUCUUCCGCGACGACCUCCAGCUCUGCGUAGACGACAUCCACGAGUGUCCUUUGGCAGAGUUCGUGAGCAGUUCGGCACCUCCACAGCGCGUGCCUUUUGUGUUCCUGCCGCUAGAAGGUCAGAUCGUCCACCCUAGCGCCGACAUCAGAUUCGCAGCUGGGACGAGGCCAGUAUGUGCAGUCACCGGGUCACAGUUCCUGAGCCGCGGCGGUUGGUCGCCAUUGAAGACGAAGGACACCUCAGAACCGCCCUUCAGAAUCUUCAGAGACGAGGGGCGCACCUUCUUGCAGUGGCUGGGGGAAGGAGCCCUGCGGUCGCGCAUGGAGGGCCACGUGCUGCUGGUGCGGCUGCAGUGCCGCCAACCUCACGACGCCGCACGCCUUCCGUCCGCCGCCGACUCUGACUCUGACUCGGACGCCUCCGCCACGGCAGACUUCAGCCCCUGCGUGGCCUUCCGCGUCGCGGGUACACCCAGGGAACCCGGUACCGACGGCGGCGGCCUGAGCGCCAGCGAGUACGUGGCGAUCGGCGUGUGCUCGCUGCUGCUGGGGCUCGUCUACGUGGCGUCGGUGCUGCUAUACCUGCACGCGCGGCGCGGCGGCGGCGGCUCGUCCAAGUCCGGCUGCAGCUCGGCGGAGCUGGGCCUGGGGGCGGCCGAGCCGCUGGAGCCGCCGCGCCGACACGACGACACCGACUCGUGCUGCAGCUCCGCCAGGUCCUCCGACGCCAACGACGACUCGCAGGGCCCACUGUCCGACGACGAGCGCGGAUCGGUGCAGGUGACGGUGACGUCGGCGCUGGUCCACUCUUGCCGGCACCAGUGCGGCGCGGAGCUCUACCUGUGCGAGCCGGCGCUGACGCAAGAGGGCACGGGUUCGAUGGAGCGACUGCCGCAGGGCGACGUGUCCAUCGUGGAGACCACCGAGGGCGACGGCCGCGGCGGCUACGCCGACGCCGACGACCACCUCGCGCUCUGCGCGCCGGGGUCUCUGCGCGGCAUCGCCUCCGGCCGGCGGAAGCUCUACUUCAACCCCGCUUACUUCGAGCCGGAGCUCCUCGCGGCCCCGCCGCCAGCCGCCAUCGAGUUCCUGACGAAGAUCCGCGAGGUGAUGGCCAUAGCGAAGCACAAGAUGGUGGCGAAGCGCUUCUCGCCCAGCCUGUCGGGCAUCCCCGAGGAGGAGGCGGCGUACGGAGGCGGCGGAGGCGGCGCCCAGCUCGGGGCUGGAGCUGCUCAGGCACAGUCCGCCGCCCCCUGGCCGCCCCCCGGCUUCAGCCUCAAGCGCGAGAACAGCCGCCGCAGGGGGUGCGUAGGCUGUCCUACAUGCCGGCCAAUGGACAUCCCCGAGCCACCAUGCCGCGCGUGCUGCCUGGAGGGUGUCGAGGCCCCAAACAAGGAGGUGUCCAUUCGCAAGUGGCUGGAAGAAGUUCCCGUGCCUGCAGCAGUGAGGACACAGCAGCUAGCUGGGAGGGACUCCAUACAGCCCGAUUCCCUCGAAGUCAUCAGCUCAUCGAGCACGGGCGAUUCCAGAAGACAGCCGCAAGAUCAAUCUGCAGAGACAGGAAAAUCACUAUCUAACUCGGGGCAGAAAAUGUCGCAGCUGUCCUCUCCGCGACCACAGCAUCAGGGAGUGAAGCCAAAGGCUCCACUGCACCCAAACUCUCCACAAAAGGACGAUCCAAAAGCAACAAACACACAGCACACCGAAAGUGUUUCGAAUGACACUACAACGCCAAUGUCACCACUUGCGAACCGCCAGAAAAUGGUAGCCAAAUUGAUCGCAGAGACGGCUGCAAAAUUUAACAGAAGCCCAUCUGAACAAAGAAGCAUUUCAAAGCCAGCACCAGUGCCACCAAAGCCCGUGUCUCCAAAGGUCCCUGAUCAGUCGGUACCUACUCCUCCGCCACUUCCUUCACCAACAUCUUGUCCUGCUCCACCUCCAAUGCCACCAGUAGUGCCACCAGAAGACAAAGAAAAACGGGUAAGCGUCCCAAAACGCAAAUCGCCUGCUCCAAUGGAAACGAAACACCUGAUGGAUGCAGUCAUUAAAGAACUCGUAGGUCAACGAUCACAGGAAACGAGCAAGGCUCCAGAAACACAGAAUUCUCAGGUGUCGGGCAAGAGUACGCUGAAGUCAAAACCAUCUGUCAACAGUAGUUUUGAAUCGGACAGUUUGGAGAGGUCAGAUACCCUCGGAGUUCACCAAAUCGAAAACCGAGGAUUCUCGACUCCCACUGAUUAUGGAGACGGAACACUCAGGAGCUGUCUGGGCUCCACCCUGCGGUCGAACCUUCCUCUCGAAGAGGAGAUGACAAUGAGAAAUGAGGUGUUUAAUGUUAAUACAGGAAGUACUACUAUAUCCAAGCUGAAACCUAAGCAGGUAACUCGCCCAGAAGAUGACCACGAAUACGAAGUCAUCAUGGCAAAAGAUGAUAAGAAAUCUAGCAAUGAGGAGAAAAGGAAUGGGCGAGCGACAGAGUUCUCCAAAGUUCUGUGCAACGGCGGCGGCUACAGCCUCGUCAGUGAGGUAUACGUCAACGAUGGGUAUAGUUAUGACAGUGGUUCUCCAUCGUCGUCGCCGAAGUCACGUGGCAGCACAGGCGGCCCCAAGAUCAGGUACGACGAGCCGGAGAAGCCCGGUCACCUCACAAUAGAAGUAGAAGACUCGCCUGUGGAGUACGCUCCAGGAGACGACUCGGACAGUUUCGAGCCUGACACACUGGACAGAAAACCUAGCAGACAAGGGUCAACAUCGGCAGGGGUCAUAGAAGUGCCUGCAGCUGCGUCCCACGCGCCAGUACCUGCCGAAUGCUACAGCGACUCUCUGGAGCGGCCGGGAAACAUCCUGCUGCGCACGACGGGCAGCUUUCGCGGCGACUCAGCCAGCCAGACGGGGUCUUUAGACGGUUACACGGCUGACAGAACAGUGCGAGGAGAUGACGAAGUUGCCUCCUUCUCCAGGGCCUUCGGCAGCCUGCGGGAGAUUUACGAGGCGCGCCACCUGUACUACGGGCUGGAGCCGGCCGGCUCCGACCACUCUGCCGCCAGCGAGCCCGACUACUACGGCCUGGCCUGGAGGCGAACCAACGGCCCCCUGUUCGACGGCUUGCUGCUCAACCCGGGGUCGCGCCAGGCGCGCCGCCAGCGUGGGGCGACGUCGCCUCCGCCGCUGCCUCCCAAGGUGCUGUACCAGCAGCCGCCGCCCCCCAGACCAGUGAUGCCUCAGUCGCUGGUGCCUCCGUCCCUGCCGCCAAAAAACGCACCGUCCAGAAGCAUCGCGCGGCCUCCGGACCCGGCCCGUAGGCCGCUGCCGCCGCUGCCGCUGCAGCGCCCCGGCUGCGCGCUCCCCCCGAACACCUCUGCCGGUGCUUCUGCAGACAGCCUCGACUCCUCCUCGCCGUCCGCGUCCUCUUCUCCUUCGUCACCGUCGUCUGACUGCGACGGGUACGAAGCGUUCUACGACGAACCUUUUGCCGGGUCCCUCACGGGGACGGACGAACGGAACAGGUCGACCACCGGAAACCGAUCCAACGGGAGGUCUGGCGCUCAAGACAAGAACUACACCACUGCUUCUGGCGGGGGCAGCACGCGCUGUUCUGUCAUCAGGCCUGCGUCGAACGGGACAGACGUUUGCCACACUAAAGACUACCGCGGAGAGGCGGCCGGGCACAGGGGUAGCUGCGACGCCAGGCGUCGCUCUAGCGGCUCUCGGGAGUCGGCGCGCCCGCGCAAGUCGACGGCGGACGUGCCCCGGAGGCGGCGUCGGAUGCUGCACGGCCCCGAGGAUUCGGGCUACCUGAGCACCGACUCCAGCGAGUGCCCUGCCCAUUGCAGCGCCGUUGCCAGGGCUGGAUCGCGCCAACGCUGCGCUUCUGACGCCGACGUCGACGGCGGCGGGGCAAAAAGGUUAUCUGACGCGUGCGUAAUAAGAGUGACUCUAUACGUCUCGCGCAUGCGCGCCGCCCUCUGUGAGGCAGACCGCGAAGCCCUCGCGUUCCGCAGUCUCUAG